AUGCGCAGUACAAUGGUGUAUUUUGAUGGCGGCCUCCAAUGAAGGAAGGGAACAGUUGGUUCCUGACAAAGUACCAGAGGCAGAGCAUGUUAAUGGUAUUGGGCCAGAAGAAAAGGACACACAAGAUGUGACGACAGUUUCCAAGAAAUCUGUAACUAACGGCAGCAGAGUGACAAGUGAUACAGUCACUUUGAUUGACAAAAUGUUGCCGGAAGAUAAUUUAAAAGUUGUUGAAAAUAAUAAAACUUUACUUAAUCACGAUGAAUCGAAAGCAAACAAUAAUAAUAGUAACACAAACGAUGUAAAAUCCAUCGAAACUUCUAGUGACGUAAAUGUUAACAAUAAUAAGGUGGAGGAGGAGAAUGGCAUAACAAAUGCGAUCCCUUCACCGCUUGUUGUCAGCACAAACGGCGUUGAGAUCGCAGAAGAAACAAAUUCUGAAAAUAAAUUAUUCACUGUGACGGACACACCAGUUGAACAAUCAAAUACCGAAACAUUUUUACCAAAAAUUUCUCAAGAACCCAAAGCAGCAAAUAGUAAAACACAAAACAAUGUCAAAUCUGUGCCAAAAGCGAGAAAGUCUGGCGCUCCUGUAUCUAAUGCGAUUAAUAUAAAAAUGGUGAAUUUAGCGCCAAUAGCCAACAUGAAAGUUAAAGUUUCCGAUUUAGAAAACGCCUUAAAUUGUGACAGUAGUAGUAGUAAAGUGCUAGAUUCUACUAAAGUGACCUCCGAAAACAACAUUGCACCGUCCGAAACUAGUAGUAGUAGCAAAGGUGGCGCAAAACAAACAUCUGCCAAAUCGAAAAAAUUCAAAUUCAAAAAGUUAAAAAAGCGAAAAUCAGGGAAUUAUGACUUUCCAAACAAGAAAAAAAACUAUAAGAAAAAGAAAUUUGAAAUGACCAGUGGGGAUGUUGUGGAAGAAAGUAGUGAAAAAACCGUGGAUGAAAGUUUCACAAAUUUACGAACAGAUGAGAAAACAGUUAAUAAAAAAGUAAAGUCAGGGAUAAAAUCUCCUGAUCGAACUUUCAUGGAUAUUUUAUCGAGAAAUAACCAUUUAGCGUUUAAACGACGUUCCAAGUUUGGAUGUAAAAAAGUCCUACAAUCCAAGUCUUUCAAAGGGAAAAGUGUGAUGGAUCUCCUGAGAAAAAAUAGUUUAUCACCUAAUUCUAAAAUUAAAACGGAAUUGGUGUCGCCAAGUAAAGAUACUGAUAGUAGUGCUAGUGGUACAGACCUUGAUCUAAGUAAAGAAUCUGUAGGUGAAGAAAAUAAUGAACAAAGUUUAGCCAACAGAAAACGUAAAUCAGAAAUUACAGAAGAGAAUCCGAAUGUACAAGAGGAAUCUGAUUUUAGCCAAUCAACUGUGUUUCUAGCAGGUUCAGUUAAUCUAAAUCAACCAUCCAUACAGCACAGUGCCAUACAUCAUAAAUCACUCCGCAAUACGCAGAACGGUAAGAAAAGAAAAACUGAUGAAAGUGGAAACAUGACACCGAUUAUUACAGUUGUACCUGAAGUUAAAACAUCACCUACACCAUCAGGGCUCCGAUCUCUACUCCCACCUCAUCUCCAACAAUCUAGUCAGCCAAACAAUGCAGCUGAUACAAAUAAACCACAACCAAUCGCAAAUGUUGAUCAGCCGAACACAAAAUCGAAGGGAUUGGCUAAACCUAUGGGUGCAAAUGCCAAACCAUCGAUCUCUAGUUUAGCAACAAAGAAUUCUGAAGCGUUGAGGGCGUUGCUGGUUAGUGGCCCAACAGGAGGAAUACCCAGGGAUCUGUCGACGUUUAAUAAUAUUGUCGGAGGGUUUACUAACAAUGUAGGAAAGGACAUGAAACCAGGGUUAACACCGAAUACACCUAAUGGUUUAACGUAUCCGGUUACCCCACCAAAAACACCAGAUAAUGAUGCAAUGAACACCCAGUGUAUAUCACCAGAUCGGGACAUCAUACCCCUAUGUUGUUGUAAAAUAAAUGGUGCUGCCUUUAACAAAUUAGCCACUGGUACUCUUUUCUGUCAAGCACUUGAUACAGUUGAUCGGAAGGUAAUGGGAUGUUGUAAUAAAGUAACUAACACUCAGCUAGUUAGACCAGGUGUUAAAAUACCUUUCAUGGCUAUCUGUGAAGCUCAUCGUCUUAAACUUAAAGCUCAUCAAUGUUGUCCUGGUUGUGGACAUUACUGUACUCAGGGAAAAUUUUAUCAGUGUCGGAAAGAAGGACCAUCUAUUCAUAAUUUUCACAAACAAUGUCAAGUUUUUAAAGAUGGAAAAUAUUACUGUCCACAUUGUGGUGAGGAAUCGCUCCAGUUCGAGGUCACCUUGAGUUUGAAUGAUGAACCUUCAACGUUAUCAGAUACAGCAUCUACAACACAAGGCCGCAUCAGUAAACGUCAAACAGCCGCAACUAGUAUAGCAAAGAUGUCCUUAUUAGGUGGAUAUAAAGAGAAAGGAAGUGAGAAAGAGACACCUGGUAUCAAAUAUUCUUUAGGAUCAAAAACUAUUUCUUUAGAUAGUUUACCCAGUGGACCAGAUAAAAAGACCUUACAGAAAAUACUGGAUAAUUUGGGACAAGAAAGACCAAAGAAAUAUCGUAACUUAAGUAAAUCAUUAUAUCAACCAGCAUAUGAUGGCGAGGUAGAAAAAUGUAUUUAUAUACUGAUGGAUGGGUCGGAUCCAAAUCAACGUUAUAGUGAGCAUGAAGAUCAGACAGCCAUACAUGCAGCAGCUAAUAGUGGUCAUCUUGCUAUUGUUCAUAUUCUUGUACAGUGUGGAGCUGUUGUACAUAUACAGGAUAAAACGUUAAGAACACCAUUAAUGUGUGCUACAGAGAAUGAUAAUAAAUCUAUCAUACAAUAUCUAGUUAACGCUGGGGCAUCUGUUGAUGAAAGGGGAGAAGAUGGUAUGACUGUAUUACAUUAUGCUGCUAAGUUAGGAAGUAUGGCUGUUAUACAAUAUCUAGUAGAAGUUAGAAAAAUGAGUGUUAAUAUCACUGAUGACGGAGGAUGGACACCAAUGAUCUGGGCUGCCGAGUCAAAGUAUGUUGAUACUGUUCGUUACUUAAUGUCACAUGGUGCAGAUCCAGGCAUGAAAGAUGAUGUAAAAUGUUCAAAUUUGGUGUAG